GUACCUAUCAUUUAUGUCAAAAUCUGUUAAUGUUAUAAUAUUGUUGUAAGUUGUAACUUGUAACAACCUCUCAGUGUAACCACUGCUCACCGAUAAAUAAAUAUAUGCAUUAAUUUAUUAUAAUACGAUAAAUAGUAAAUAUAUAAGUGAGAUUUAAGUGCCCGUUUACAAUUAUUGGGAGUUAAAAGUAAUUUUUAAUUUUAUCCGAGUUUAAAAAAUGAUGUUUAUUGGAACAUCACGAGAAAAGUUUUUUUAUCAUAAUACAUUGUUAUGUCUAGUUAAAUCACUACAAGAUAAAAAUAUAACGGUUGAUCUUCGAAAUGAUUCUUAUAUUUGUGGUCAACUUACAUCAGUGGAUGGUUACAUGAACCUCUCAAUGAGUAAAGCAGUGUUUUGUGAUUGCCAAGAAAAUGAAUAUUAUUUUGAUAAUUUAUUUGUACAAGCUCGAAAUAUUAGAUAUGUACAUAUACCAGAGACAGUGUCCAUAUUAGGAAACAUACUAAACGAAUUUAAAAAAGGAAAUGGAAAAGAUCCGAAUAAGGAAGAUAAACCUGUAAAAUCAAGAAAAGCUAAAAAGGCAUUACAACAGCAUAUGAAAAUUGUGGCAUCAUUAGAGAAUUAACUUUCUAUUUACUUUUUUUUAAUUAUUUUAAAACUUUUCUUUGUAAUAACAUUACAUUUAUGAACAACAAUAUUUAAUUAAAUAAAAAAAAAGUUUGUAA